AUGUCUGCGACUCCCGCUACCUUCUACGAGCAGCUGCCGCUGCCUACCAUCGACCGUCCCUUUGGUAUUCACCUGUGGCCCAUCUUCGACAAGGCUUUCACUGCUGUUGUCGGCUACUCCGCCAAUGACUUCAAGUUUGUGCCUUUCGAGACUCCCAUGUCCACCCUCAAGUCGACAUCGAUCUUCAUUGUCAUCUACUACUGCAUCAUCUUCGGUGGUCGCGAGUGGAUGCGCAACCGCGAGCCUUUCAAGCUCAAGGGUCUCUUCUUGAUCCACAACCUCUACCUGACUCUGAUCAGUGGCACUCUCCUGGCUCUCUUCAUUGAGCAGCUUCUCCCCACUGUUGUCCGUGGCGGUAUCUUCCACGCCAUUUGUGAUGCUGAGGGUGGCUGGACCCAGCCCCUUGUCGUUCUGUACUACCUCAACUACCUCACAAAGUACCUCGAGCUCCUCGACACUGUCUUCCUAUUCCUCAAGAAGAAGCCUCUCACCUUCCUCCACUGCUACCACCAUGGUGCUACCGCUUUCCUCUGCUACACUCAGCUCAUCGGCUCCACCUCCGUCUCUUGGGUCCCCAUCGUCCUGAACCUCCUCGUUCAUGUCGUCAUGUACUGGUACUACUUCCAGAGCGCUCGUGGUGUCCGUGUUUGGUGGAAGGAGUGGGUUACCCGUCUCCAGAUCAUCCAGUUCGUCAUUGAUCUCGGAUUCAUCUACUUCGCCUCUUACACCUACUUCACCUCAACCUACUUCCAAUGGAUGCCCAAUGCUGGCAAGUGCUCUGGCGAGGAGUUUGCUGCUUUCUCCGGUAUCAUCACCAUCAGCUCUUACCUCGUCCUCUUCAUCUCCUUCUACUUCGCCACCUACAAGAAGCAAGGAAAGGCUCCUACCGGCCGACAGAGCCUCCGUCGCAUGUCCCAGGCUCCUCUUCCCGACCCUCACCUGGUCCAGACCACUCCCGUCAAGAAGUCCAACGGUGCCUCUACCACUGGCGCCAAGACCAACAGCGCCUCUGCCCGAUCCCGCAAGGCUUAA